AUGACCGGAGCAUUGUUCAGAACCGCUGCCUCCGACGCCGCUCGGAUCUUCCGGUCACAACGAACAACGACGGUCAAUCCGUUCGGGAAGAUCGAUCCGUCGUCACUCAGAGCCGGAGGAGGAGACAUCGGAAGAUUGCAAUCGAGGCCUUAUUUUCGUACGAAUCACUUUCUCGGGAAAGCAAAGGAAACCGGAGUCUCUCCUUCUUCUUUAAUCUCUGGUUUCUGUUCUGCUUCGUCUUCCACGGCCUCUACGGCGUCGUUUUCGAAGGCUGGAUUCAUUGGUUGGUAUUUAGGUAUGGUGAAAUCAAAGCCGGUUUUCACCAAAUCCGUCACGUCUUCGCUUAUUUACAUAGCCGCUGAUUUGUCUUCACAGACGAUUCCGCAAGCUUCGGUAGAUUCGUAUGAUUUGGAAAGAACAGCAAGGAUGGCAGGAUUUGGUUUGUUAAUCUUAGGUCCUACACUUCACUAUUGGUUCAAUCUCAUGUCAAGAAUCUUCCCGAAACGAGAUUUGAUUACAACGUUUAAGAAAAUGGCCAUGGGACAGACGAUUUACGGGCCUGCCAUGAAUGUUGUUUUCUUCUCGUUGAAUGCAGCCUUACAAGGUGAAAAUGGUUCAGAGAUAGUUGCUAGAUUGAAAAGGGACUUACUUCCCACGAUGCUAAACGGUGUCAUGUAUUGGCCUAUGUGUGAUUUUAUUACAUUCAAGUUCUGUCCAGUUCACUUACAGCCACUGGUGACCAACUCGUUUUCAUAUCUGUGGACGAUCUACAUAACUUACAUGGCGAGUCGUGAGAAACCAACCGCUAUUUCAAGCUGA